AUGUCGAAAGAAGAGAGUACGGCAGAUGCCAUAGAGCAUGGCCGUGACCCAGAUACCCAGAGCGUCCAUCAAAAGGAUGAAUUGAAGUACAGGGCCAAGCUGGCCACUGAGAGGGAACAUAACCUCUCUCUCAGAAAUGCCUUGAACUUGUAUCCCAAGGCUAUUGCCUUCUCUCUGCUCUUCUCAUCUGCUAUCAUCAUGGAGGGCUAUGACCUUGCGUUGAUUGGUUCUUUCUACGGAUACACUGCCUUUCAAAACAAAUUUGGCGACCAGCCUGGUCCAAAUGGAGGAAGAGUUGUUUCUGCCGAUUGGCAGACAUAUAUUCAGAAUUGCGGCAUGGUCGGUCAGAUCGUUGGCCUCUAUAUCAAUGGUUGGGUCUCGGAUCAUUUUGGCUACAAGAAGACUAUGCUUGGUUCUCAAUUUGCCAUGAUCUGUCUCAUCUUCAUCCCGUUCUUCGCCCCAAAUAUUCAAACCAUCCUGGCAGGCAACACUCUUCUUGGAAUUCCCUGGGGUAUCUUCCAGACUUUGACCAUCACAUAUGCCUCUGAUAUUGCGCCAGUGGUUCUGCGGCCGUACCUCACCACGUAUGUCAACAUGUGCUGGGUAAUUGGUCAGCUCAUCGCUGCUGGAGUCCUUCGUGGAUUCUUGGGCAUGCAGUCUGACUGGUCGUAUCGGAUUCCAUACAGCCUGCAGUGGAUCUGGCCUCCCCUGAUUAUCCUUGGCACAUUGUUUGCCCCAGAGUCUCCCUGGUGGCUCGUUCGCAGAGGGCGCCUAGCCGAUGCCAAAAAGUCACUCCUGAGCCUUACAAAUGCCAAGUCUGAUGUCAAUUUCGACGUAGAUGAUCAAAUUGCACUCAUCAAGGCUACCGAUGAGCUUGAAAAGUCCAACGCCGAGGGAACAAAUUACUGGGACUGUUUCAAGGGCGUCGACUUGAGACGUACCGAAAUUGCCUCCGUCUCUUACCUCGCUCAGGCUUGGUGUGGGACGUCUCUGAUGGGGUACUCUGUUCAGUUUUAUGAGCGCGCCGGUCUCUCUACCGACAACUCCUUCAAUCUUAACAUUGGACAGAGUGCCAUGGGUCUGGUCGGCGUUGUACUUUCCUGGAUUCUCAUGGGUAGAUUUGGCCGCCGACACAUUUACCUCACCGGUCUUGCCACCCUGCUUGUCAUCCUCACCAUCGCCGGUGGUCUUGGUUUCGCCGACCCAUCUCUGGCCGGACCUUCAUGGGCCAUUGGUUCUCUCCUACUCGUUUACACCCUCGUCUACAACACAAUGGUUGGUCCUAUCUGCUACUCCCUGGCAGCCGAAAUGCCCUCCACUCGACUCAAAAUCAAAACCGUCGUCCUGGCAAGAAACUUCUCCAAUAUUGCCGGUUUCCUCAACAACAGUCUCAUGCCCAAAAUGCUUGGCGUUAACUCCUGGAACUGGGGCGCCAAGUCUGCUCUAUUUUGGGCUGGCUUCUGUCUUGUCAUCCUAAUUUGGGCGUAUUUUAGACUUCCUGAGCCAGCUGGACGGACGUAUGGUGAACUCGACGUCCUCUUUCAUAACCGCGUUAGUGCCCGUCACUUUGCUAAGACGCGCGUCGACCAGUUUGCAGAAGGCAAUGUCCAAAUUGAGACUCAUCCAUAG